AUGGAGGACAACCGUAUCCGCGUGCGCGUCGUCAGGGUCGCUUUGAAUAAGAAAUUGCGGUACACUUUGUCACUUUCGGUCGGUAUGGCCUCGUUUCAUCUAAAGGAUCAGAAGGUUAUUGGUGUCGGACUCGGAUUCAUCAGCACAUUUCGACUUCUCGGUGGUGCCGUGACCACAGCCAUCUACACAUCGAUGCAGACCAGCCGGUUCUCGCAGGUUCUCCCAGGACAUGCUCGCAGGGCAGCUCGGAGCUCUGGCUUCGUCGGAUCCAUGGCUGCUUUGGUGACGGCAGCAAUCACAAACACGGAAGCAGCUUACGCUAUUGUCGAAGGCGCAGAAGAGUUGUGA